GUCUGCAAUGCUCCACGGCCACUUGACGGAGACGGCCGUGUGCGUAGCGGCCAUCGUUGUGGUAUUGGCGGUGCUAGCGCUGCUCGUGUUGAUGCUUGGUAGACGCCGGAAGUCUUACAGCAAGUUGCUCGCCGAUGCAGGCUGGCGCUCAGCGGACGAGGAUCAAGAUUUGGAUCAGAGCGGUCAAAAUCAAAAUCGGAAACGUGGUGGCGAAAAAGCCAAAAGUCACAAUACCAGUGGUGAGCACGGCGAGGAAUCCACCAGCCUAUCCCACAGCUCGAUGGCGUCAGGUGUAAUAACAACUACCGUUGCCACUUCUGCCAUGGAUGCAUCAACUAUGCAAGACUGCGACAAAGCUGAGUCUCAGAAGAACGGUGAUCUACAAGAGCAUCGACUGACCGAGGCCCAUGGCGUGGAGUUAACCACAUGUCUGACGGAACAAGGCCGAUGCCUAGCUAAUCUGGAGCAGCUGUGCGAAGAAGAGGUUCACCAUAUGGAGGAGCUGCACUUGACCCUCGCGAAGGCCACCAACAAUCACAAACAGCUGGUGAGGCGAUUCGAGCACGAGUCAAGAGCGCACACUGAGCGCGCGGCAGAGGCCAUAAACAAGCGGCUGGAGGAAAUGCGCCAGGCGCUGGAAAAGGAGCAGGCGCAGAACAACGACCUCCACGAAAAGCUCCGCGAAGCCGAGUGGGCUGUCACGGCCAAGGUAACAGAGCUCAAAGAGACUCACCGGAUCGAACUGGAAGCGCACGAGAGGAAGCACCGGCAGUCCAUAGAAGUCCUGGACCGGGAGUGCCGCACGCAGACUGAGCGAGCCGAGGAUUUCGAGAAACGUCUCAAGCAGUCUGAUUUGUUUCACGCGGAAGAGUUGAGACAAGUGUUGCGCGAGUGCGCGGAAGCUGCUGAGGCGAUGAAGCGGAAGCUGACGCAAGACCACGCGGCUGAGGUAGCUGCACUCCGCGAUCAGCUGGACGAUCAGCGAAAGGAGAGCGACGCCAUCGUCAGUGAGAAGUCAGAAGCACUCGAAACUUUGAAGGCCAAGGUAACAGAGCUCAAAGAGACUCACCGGAUCGAACUGGAAGCGCACGAGAGGAAGCACCGGCAGUCCAUAGAAGUCCUGGACCGGGAGUGCCGCACGCAGACUGAGCGAGCCGAGGAUUUCGAGAAACGUCUCAAGCAGUCUGAUUUGUUUCACGCGGAAGAGUUGAGACAAGUGUUGCGCGAGUGCGCGGAAGCUGCUGAGGCGAUGAAGCGGAAGCUGACGCAAGACCACGCGGCUGAGGUAGCUGCACUCCGCGAUCAGCUGGACGAUCAGCGAAAGGAGAGCGACGCCAUCGUCAGUGAGAAGUCAGAAGCACUCGAAACUUUGAAGGCUGAGAAGAAGUUAAUGCGACACUUGCAGUUGAAGAUGGAGGAGCUGAGCCAGCUGGAGGAGGAGCGAGUAGAGCAUCACCGGCGCGUUGAAUCCCUGGAGCAACAGUGCAAAGAGUGGGCUGCGACUGUCAAAGACCUUCAAAAACGUCUCGACAAUGGCACCAGAGAGCGGCAGAAAGAGGCUGCUGAAGUUUCAAGCAAGUGGCGAGGAAGGGAAGAAGCAUUGUUGCAGCUUAUCGAAGAGCAUGAAGCAACCAUCACAGCCUUGCAGGAGGAGGUGCAGAACAAACGAAGCACCAAAGAUGCUGUACAUAGAAAGAUGUCACAAGAAGUAGAAGCUAUGAGAACUCAGAUGACAGCAAUGAGCAAAGGGCAUGAAGUGGAGCUCGAAAGAGAGAAGGCCGAAUACCAGAAGCAAUUGCAAGUCGUGAAUAAUCUGCGUCAAGACGCGGUCCAGCUGCCACAGCAGCGUCAGCCUCAGGCGGUGCAGCUCCGAAUGCAAUCCACAAUAUCGACGGAAGUUAGCUAUUCUCUAAGGCGACCGGUACAAAGAGAAAGUUGAGCUUUUCAGUGGAUAUUUAUUCAACUCCACUUGAAUGAAGGGAGGCUGUUCUUCAAUUACGCCUGUAAGCAAUACGUUUUUUUAUAAAAAUGAGUUGUUUGGUUGGAUUUUUGGUUUAAUUGGUACAAACGCAACUAAGAUUAUAUAGCACCAGAAACAAGGUUCUGGUAUUACAAACAUCAACACGUCCGUCACACAAUCACAUGUGCUUCAAGGUGGUGUGAAUUGUCACUUGUUUCUAGAAUUUGAAACAUGUGACUGUUUUACCCGAUAUUCUAGUCAAAUCAAAUAAGGUUGGAAUGGUAUGUAGUUUGUAUGAAAUCUCUUGAAACUCAUGUGUUAAGGUUGGUAAACUUCACUGACCUGCAUUUUGUCUAAUCGAAUACAUGUCAAUAAAAUGUGAUUGACU